AAAUGGCAGAAGCCAGAAUUUCUCAGGAUGAGUUCCUGUGUCCAGUGUGUCUGGAUCUCCUGAAGGAUCCAGUGGCCAUUCCCUGUGGACACAGUUACUGUAAGAGCUGUAUUACAGGCUGCUGGGAUCAGGAGGAUCAGAUGAGAGUCUACAGCUGCCCUCAGUGCAGACAAACCUUCAGUUCAAGACCUGCUUUAGCUAAAAACACCAUGCUGGCUGAAGUGGUGGAGAAACUGAAGAAGAUUAAACUUCCUGCUGACUGUUACGCUGGAGCUGGAGAUGUGCAGUGUGACGUCUGUACUGGAAGAAAACACAAAGCCGUCAAGUCCUGUCUGGUGUGUCUGAACUCUUACUGUCAGAAUCAUCUUGAACAACAUGAGAGUUUGUUUAAAGGAAAGAGACACAAUCUGACUGAUGCCACUGGACGACUGCAGGAGAUGAUCUGCCAGAAACACGACAAGAUCCUUGAGGUUUUCUGCCGCACUGAUCAGAAGUGUAUAUGUGUGCUGUGUACGAUGGAUGAACAUAAAAACCACGACACAGUAUCAGCUGCAGCACAGAGGACAGAGAAACAGCACCAGCUGAAGGAGACGCAGAGGUUGUUCCAGCAGAGGAUCCAGCAGAGAGAGAAAGAUCUUCAGCAGCUGAGAGAGGCUGUGGAGUCUCAUAAGCGCUCUGCACAGACAGCAGUGGAGGACAGUGAGAGGAUCUUCACUGAGCUCAUCCGCUCCAUUGAGAGAAGCCGCUCUGAGGCCACACAGCGGAUCAGAGAUCAGGAAAAGACUGCAGUGAGUCGAGAUGAAGGACGACUGAAGCGACUGGAGCAGGAGAUCAAUGAUCUGAGGAAGAGAAACGCUGAGCUGGAGCAGCUUUCACACACACAGGAUCACAUCCAUUUCCUGCAGAGUGUCCAGUCUCUCUCAGCUCCUCCUGAAUCUACAGACGUAAAUGAUGAUGAUCCCUUCAGUUUUCUCUCCUCUUUUGAUGUUGUGAGAGAAUCUGUCCUUCAGCUGAGAGACAAACUGGAGGAUUUCUGCAAAGAGGAGCUCAAGAAGAUCUCUGACAGAGUCACUUUCACCAACAUUGUUCCCAGGACCAGGAACGACUUCCUACAAUAUUCCCAUCAGUUCAUUCUGGAUCUGAACACAAUGAAUAAACUCCUUCGUCUGUCUGAGAAUAACAGAGUGAUUACUGUCACUGACACAAAGCAGCCGUAUCCUGAUCAUCCUGACAGAUUUAAUUAUAGGGAGCAUGUGUUGUGUAGAGAGAGUGUGUGUGAUCGACGCUGUUACUGGGAGAUUGAGUGGAGUGGUGUUGUGGAUAUAUCAGUGUCAUAUAAGAGCAUCAGCAGGAAGGGACAGGGUAAUGAGUGUGUGUUUGGAUAUAAUGAUCAGUCCUGGAGUUUGUACUGCUCUUCCAUCUUUGGUUGCUCAUUCAGACACAAUAACAUAGAGACUGAACUCCCUGUAAAGCCCAUCAUCAGGACAAUAGGAGUGUAUGUGGAUCACAGUGCAGGAACUCUGUCCUUCUACAGCGUCUCUGGAGACACGAUGAUCCUCAUCCACACAGUCCAGACCACAUUCACUCAACCGCUCUAUCCUGGGUUUGGGGUUUAUUAUGGAUCAGUGAAACUGUGUUGAUGAAUCAGAACAGACUGUAGAGAGAUUCUACCCAUAAUGCUUUGAGCUCAUGAUAAAUCAGGAAUAGUGAGAUGUUAUAGAGUCUUAUUUUUUCUUCAUUACAUUAAUACUACAGCUGAACUUCUGUCAGUGAAAUAACAUGUUAGAAUAAAUGUGUGUAAUGAAUCCUCAUAUAGACAGUGAGAUCAGUGUGUGUGUUUGUGAGUCAUGAUGAGUGACGGUGUGUGUCUGUGCUUUUAUCAAACUCUGUUUGUGCUGAUGGAAAUCACAGUCAGUCAGUUCUUAUUGUAGUGUCACAUAAUAAUCAUUUUUAUUAUUACUGUCAAAAUUGCCUUUCAUUAAAACGUAUCAUCCAAUAAAAUGUCAUUUGUUGUCAAAUUUACAAAUGUCAGUUUAAUAAUAAAUGUAAAAUAUAUAAAUCCAGAUCAUCUGCUCAUACUGUAAACUCUUGAUCAGUGAAAGUUUGAGCACAAUUAUUGUAAUCUAAUCCAGUUUACUUUAAAUAAACCUCCUCCUGAACUGAAUUUACAGACCUGAUGCUCUGACAACUCUGAGAAAAGAUAAAAACAAGGAUUGAGUCAAAUCAUCAUCAGUUCAAUCCAGAUAACUCAGAAAUAUAUUAGGAAUGAAAGAAGGAAAACUGUGAGCUGAACUCUGAAAUCAGUCCAGAUGAAUUUCAUCAUUACUGUAAAUGUCAGAAUUGUUGGAGUUUCUUUGUUCAGUGGUUCAUGCUGCUCGUCCUGAUCUAGAAAGUAUCCUGACAUGAUAAACCAUGUUUUUCUACAUGAACUGUGGUAAUACCAUGCUCUGAAUUCAUCAUGUAGUGUUGUGGUGAAUAAUGUCAGUGUUUCCUUUCUCUAUCUGUCAUGUGAUCGUCCCGCUGCUGCUCUCAGUGCUGUAAUGAACACAAAUAAUUCAAUAUAUUAAUAUACUUCACUUUCAUCAGAGCAAAGAGAGUCAGUGAUGAAGUGUUUCAAUAGAGGAUGUCAAACACUCUCAUGAGCUUCUUCUGCAUCUAGCAGCACCUUCAUAGAUGAGACCCAUGUGAUCUAUACCAUGACCUUUGAACCUUCCUGAAAGAUGAGCCAAUCCCACUCA